UCAGUUUAUGCUGUGUUUUUUACACAUCGGAAAAUUCCAUUUAUUCACUCGGGCUGAAUAGCUGGAAAUUCGCGCACAUUGUUUCGUCACGCCAAAUAACAAUUCUGCAGUAAAGUAAACUGACUGGUCAAAAGUUCUGGCGAGUGCAGUCGUAUUUUUUUUCGGUAUACUCAAUGUAUCUACUAAGUAAGACACACGUGGUAGUGAGUUGCGAUGUGAACUAGUUCUACGGUAUCAUAUUGGAAGGCAGCCUAGAUAAAACUUAUGUUUUUCCACCUACACUGUUCGCAUGUCGUUUUAUGAGCGCUACACUACAACAGAACCGCUACCUGUUUAUUUCUCUGCAGAGUCGGGCGGAUUUUAGCCUGCUUUUCGGAAAAUUUUCACGGCUGUACCACUCUCUCGUCUGCUCGUGAGAAAUUUCUCAUCUGCAAUACAUCGUUAUUUUGAAGUGUUUCGGAUUAUAAUCAAAAACUGUGAAUGAAAGUGUGUAUUUGAGAAAAAAUACACAUCUUAAUUGUUUUAAGACGGUACUUAGAGAUCGUGCAUUUGUUAUUUCGGGAUAUACAAUAUUGCGUUGAGCUCUAGUUAAUCUUUACGAGCACGGACAAUGUCUGAUCAAGAUGAAGUGGUGUCCGUCCGUCUGCGGAGAAACACGACGAGCACCCCUUGGGGAUUUCGAAUGCAGGGGGGUCACGAAUAUGGGUCAGCUCUCUUCAUCCAAACGGUGAGCCCAAAGAGCCUGUCUGCGCGCCAGGGUUUGCGGGUGGGAGACAGGCUGCUGGCGAUAGGUCCAUCCGAGGCGCACAACAUGUCCCACGACCAGGCCAAAAUGGAGAUCAUACGAGCAGGCAACGAACUCGAUCUCAUCGUUCAGAGACGGCAAGGUCAGCACGGCUUCGACCAGACGGACGCUAUAAAGGUCCCAAAGCAGCACAGGCACGAGGCGAGCGAGGAGCCCACCGAGUACAGAGGGUACACAAACCCUAAUGUACAAUCGAGAUCCUUCAAGAUACUCAAGGAGUCUCUGAGCAUCUCAGACGCAAACGAAGAAGGAAAUUAGAGGGGCGAGUGGUUUGAAGACUUCACAGAAAACAGAACAUGUUCGCAAGCCCGAUAGGCAUGGCAAGGCGUGUGGUUAUUUGGGGUUUCUUUUGUUAUUCCCUCGAAUUGCUGUGUAAGUUAUGCUUGUCUCCUCUAAAUCUCCGUGUCACCAUUCGCGUUACCAUUCACCGUAAUAACAUACGAACGCGUGAAGCCAGACUAUAAGGUCAGCAAGAUGAGGAAUACAGAACAAGCAGCACAAUGACAUUGUACACAUCUGCAGAGCCAAAGCGUGUGCGGUUCGAAAGAAGAAAACGAAAAACGGUUGGCAAAUGGAAAGUGUGUCAAAUACGAUGGCAAAAGCAUGCGCUUCAAAACUGCCUGACCGUAUACUAACAGUAAACUGACAUGUUUUAAGCGAUCUGUGAUUAUUAUGACGGGCGUGUGGCUGAUGUUCUUCUGAUGCUGCCUCACACAAUGACACGUUUGGCAAUUAACAUUGUUAUUACAUUGUGCAUUUGCAUGACAGUUUUGUUUUGCUUUUUAAGUUAUUCCCUUUUUUCAAUUUACAAUCGGCGUUAAAAAAGCUUGGAGUCAUAUUUUGCUGACUAGUGGCUUCCUAGAAUUACCAUGAAAUUAGGCUCUCCUCACCUGCGUUAGUUAAGUACUUAAUACCAUUAAACAUAUUUGUCCAAAUGUGUAAGCAAAUAGCUUUGAACCUUUAAAACAUGCUUUUCAGCAUUUGAUUGAAGUAUGCGUCUUUGAGUGAAUGGAACAAGGUGCUUUAUUCCAGAAAAUGUGCUUGUAUCUUUUAAUGAAUACGAAUAUGUUAACUUUAACUUUAACAUGUUCGUGUUAAUUUUAAGAAUUUAUUGUGACAACGCGUAAAUUAUAUCACUUUAAUGCUCAUGACAAUUAUUGAAACAUAAUAAUGUUACAAAUUUACCAGUACGCCGAAUAGGUUGAUGUACGUGUAUUUGUUUAAGACCAGAUCAACCAAUCGCGAAACACAUUAACAUGCCAUUGGCUUGUUACGAUAUCUUCGUGUUUAUUAGCUUGGCACAACUCACAAGAGACUUGUCAGCAUUCUUUGUGUGUACCUGAAUACUGCUUUUACACGGGUAAUUAGACAGUUAACUUGCAUGCAAGAUAAGGCGAACUGGCAUAAACUUGUGGAUAUUAAGCAAUUGCGUAAUGGUUGCACAACAAAGGCAUACAUAGUAUUUUUUUAUGCUUAACUACAAUAUCUAGUCACCGAAUGAUUGCAGGAAAUGGAAUAUAAUAAUUAUUGUAUUUUAUGCAGUUUGUUUAUUCUUGAGUAUAAGUUAGUUUUAUAUCAAUUUUAAUGUCUCAAAAUGCUUUUAGAUCACGUUUGAUUGUAUAACUUUACUUUAAAUAUAGAAAUAUUGAAACUCCAGAAGUAUUAUCAAGAUUAAAUAACAUGUUUACAGUGAUACGCCCAUCCAUUUGCAUACCCUCUGUACUAACAUAUGAUAUUAUUAAAUGGUAUUCGGAAUUUUUAUAUUGUAAUGUUUAAAUGGCUCUCGAUUGAAGUACUAGAACUGAAAGAAAAUUUGAUUCUUUUUUCGAUAGUGAUUGCAUUCAAGCUUCGCAUGUGUCGUCUUUUUCUUCAUUUCGACAAUUUGUGAACACGUUCAUUUCAUGCUUCAAGUAUAGUAAACGUGUAGGUUUAAUAACGAUGUGUUAAAAUCUAGUCAGGGUAUGGGGUAUGCAUCAUAUCUGAAAAUGAAUGAAGCCAAUUAACACUUAUUGAAUUUAUCGGAUAAUUGUCGAACACUGAAAUACCGGUGUAAAUUGCCAGUGUAACGUAUGUCAUAUGUUUAGGAGCAACCAGUGUUUGGCUGAUACUUGAAUGCCGGUUAAUUCUUGAUUGAGCAAGAAUUAUUGUUAAACAUGUAUUCAGACCUUUACGUCACAAAUUAUCCAUAAAGGGCAGCAAUUAAGUAGUUCGACUUGAAUGUCACAGCGACGUUUAGGGUAUUGUUACACCAUAACAAUUUGCGUAAUAUGUGCGCAUUUUACUGCGACCUUUGAAAUGUGACACGCCCAUGAUUAUUAUUUUUUUCUCUAUCUAAGCAGUGUGUUAAUAUUGCAUGUUCAAUGUAUACUGAACUGAAUGUCAGCAACAAAUUCAAAUGUACAUAUACGUUAAUUGAAAUGUUUUGUACGCAUACGCUUGCAGAUAUUUAUUUACGAAAUAUUGGUAAAAAAGUAACCAAAAUAUUAUGUUUUUAGUAUAUUUUAUUUAUUUUACAGUUUACCUUAUUUCACGUGUAUAUAUUGUUCUUUUCCAUAGAUGUGUUUUAUGUUUAUGUAAUUAUUAUCGUAUGGUUAUACGCAAAGACAUAUGUAUGUUCGGAUGCUUGUAUAUUACAUGUAAUAAUCUCUCUCCAUUCCCCAGACGAAUAUUCCAGCAAGACUUAUGCAUGCCAGAUGUCGAUAUGUUGUAGGAAAAACGUCAUUCUGUAUGUAUAUGACCUCCAAGCAUCAGGGUGGUGGUUGUUCGAUGUUGAUUGUAUUAGUGCGCCAUGAGGCGUUGUAGUUCCUUUAAACGUAUUAUAUUUAGAGUAUAUUUAGAGUAUCGACAUGAAAUAGAAUUGUCAUAUACACUGAGGAUGUUGAUGAAAUGUUGACUAUGAGACACACUUUGGUUACAAUGCCUUUGAUAUUCUAUUUAAAAGUUUGUUUGCAUAUUUCAGUAGAUCUUCAUGUCAAUAUUUACCAAAUAUUUACAAAAAUUCUUUUUUGGGAUUUAUGCUUUACCACACAACAAUUUAAACAAUCGAGAGGUUCAUUAAAAUGUCAAUACUACAUGAAUUGCAUUCUACAUAAAUACGGGGCUGGCUCUUAACUUAAUGAACGCUGAAUGAGUCGCUUGUAAAGACAGGUCGCGUGUUAUCCAGUUUCUCACUCUCUUUUUCUCGUGUUAUACUAUGAAACAUGUACUAGACGAAAUUGGAAACUCACCAAUCAAUACAAGUGUUGGUUAUUAGCACCAUAACUACCAGUAGAUUCAUCAAUGGAUCACGCUUUGUUUACACUCACAUAUAUGCUCAUGACAGGAACUUGUGUUUGUUUAAAAGAUAAUAUAAUUUUGCGUUAUGCUAGUAAUAUACAACAUAAAUGUUUGAUUUGAUUUUACAGCUUAUAUUCGUAAUCGACAAACAUUAGCAAAUGAAUGUUAAACUGCAGUGAUGAAUAAAUCUAUUAAAUGAAUUAUUAGUCAAUUAAUAUACAAAGAGCUUUGUUUGUAAGUAAUGACAAUUACUGUUUAUCACUCCACACUGUAACCAUAUGUCUUAUACAGAUAGCAUGGUCAAAGCAAAACUAUGUACCUUUAUAACCAUUAUAAUAUCUACAAUUCAUUGCCAAAGAUUCAUUAACGAUAACAAGAUACAUGUUCCUAAAGAAAUCCAAAAGACCAACAUAACGAAAAUGGGAAACAAACAAAGCACAACUUAUCUUCAUGUAUACAAUUAUGUGAUUGUAUGUUUAUUUUUACGCAAGCUUUUUCGUUUUUAUGGCAUGCUUUACUUUAGGAAAGCAUUGUGUUCGCUGUAAAUAUUUUCUGAAAGUUAUUAUAUUGAUUUCAGAGUUUAUUGCCUCUUAUUGUACCUUAAAUCUUCUGUGCGGACCUACUUUGCAGGAUAUGUUUUCUAAAAAAAAUCGUAUUGUACUGAUUUUAAAUUAUUUUUUACAAUAGAGUUGUUAUUUGUACUUCCUAUAGUGCUUUAUUUGAAACAUUAUUUAUAAACACUGUAUGCAUCGCCUAAAGAAUUGAAACAGUUUUAAAUGCUAAUAUUACGAUGGAAACAAAGUCUGAAAAAGUGGGUUUUCAUAUUUAUGCUCAAUAAUUUUCCUAUCUUUACGUUAUUUCCAAUGUAUUCAGAUGUACGAAGGAUAGUUCAUUGUGUUUUCUUUAAACCAUACUUUUAUUUGUUAUUACACAAUGUAUUUUGAUGUGGACAAUAAAUAUAUGAAAAUAAA